AGACAGCCGCACGGAUCAGCCGUGUGUCGCAGAGGAGAUUCUGGAAUUAAUGGAUUUUUAUUAUUUUUAUGAAUGUUACGAAAACAAAUGUGUACGUUUUUAAGUGAAAAAUGUUAUGAACUUAAAAAUACAGUUUUUGUAUUAAAGACUUAAAAAUUACUAACAAGGUAGUAUGAUAGUGUCAAAACAAAACAUAACAAGUGAAGAAAAUCCAAAAGUUGUGUAAACUGCAGAGUGAUACAACAAGCAAUCUCGACAAUAAUCUCGCAUCGCGACACAGCGAUACUAUGAAUUUUUGAAAAGACUGAUUUUACGUAGUUAAGAAUACGCACAUAACUCGAUAAUUGCGUAAUGCUAUAAGCUCAAGAUGUUGAGACUAUUGGGUGGAUUGAGCGUGUACUUCAAGUACCAAGAUAUAAAGACUGACAACGCGGUGUUCCGCCUCCAUAAUGUGUUCACGACGGUGCUUCUGCUCACCUGCUCGCUCAUUAUCACCGCCACACAGUACGUUGGACAUCCCAUACAGUGCAUCGUCAACGGCCUCCCCGCUAAUGUCGUUAACACCUUCUGUUGGAUCACUUCUACGUUUACGAUGCCAGAUGCUUUUGCUAGAGAGGUGGGCAAAGCGGUGGCACACCCUGGUAUAGCUAACGAGUAUGACAGCACACAGGAGAAGAAGUACUACACCUAUUACCAAUGGGUCUGCUUCGUUCUCUUCUUCCAGGCAUUAAUGUGCUACACUCCAAAGUUCCUAUGGGAUGCAUUCGAGGGUGGUCUUCUGCGGACUAUCGUGAUGGGUCUCAACAUCGGUAUCUGCGAUUCGAACGAGAAGGAGAAGAAGAAAGACGCCAUCAUUGGUUACCUCAUCAGGCAUGAAAGGACGCACAAGCUUUACGCGCUGCGGUACUGGGGCUGCGAGUUGCUCUGUCUUGUCAACAUCGUGCUGCAGAUGUGGAUGAUGGACAGCUUCUUCAACGGGGAGUUCCUCUCGUACGGCACCAGGGUGUUGUCGCGCAGUGAGAUGCCGCAGGAACAGAGAUAUGACCCAAUGAUCUACGUCUUCCCUCGGGUAACGAAGUGUACGUUCCACAAGUUCGGUCCCUCAGGCACUAUACAGACUCACGACAGUCUCUGUAUACUGCCACUUAACAUAGUAAAUGAGAAGACUUACAUCUUCAUCUGGUUCUGGUACAUCAUCUUAGCGGUUAUACUUUCACUGCUCGUUAUAUACAGACUGGUGAUAAUCUUCGUGCCGUCUGUUCGGCCGCGGUUGCUGCACGCGCGUUCGCGGACCAUUGCCAUGGAGACGGCGGCGCUUGUAUCGCGUCGUACAGACCUCGGCGACUGGUGGUUGCUGUACAUGCUCGCUCGUAACAUGGACCCCAUUAUAUACAGAGAGCUAAUAGCUGAGCUGGUAAAACGUAUGGGAGAGAAGUCAGGGCCGCGCGCGUGACGCUCACCCCCCGCACCCCCUGCACCCUCCGCACCCCCCACA